CCUCCCUCCCUCCUCACCUCGCCACUCGCCAUCCCCCACUCCCUCUCAGCUCGGCCCUCUCCGACUCCGUCCGUCCGGCCGGCCGGUGGAACCUAGGCGGAGAGGGGCGAUGACGACGCUGGGGAAGAGGCACCGGAACAGCAGCUCGAUGCGGCGGACCACGAGCAUGUCGGGCUUCGCGGUGCCGCCGGAGGAGGAGGCGGGUGCGGGGCGCCCGCCCACGCGGGCGGCCAGGGGCGCCUCGGCGGCGCCGGCGCAGACGGAGUGGGGCGCCGCCUCGGCCGCCUUCCAGAGGCGCCACUCGGGGGACUUCAACGCCGCCGUGGAGACGGCCGCCUUCCUCAAGGCCUGCGGCCUCUGCUGCCGCCGCCUCGGCCCCGGCCGCGACACCUUCAUAUACAUGGGCGAGGUGGCCUUCUGCAGCAUGGAGUGCAGGCAGCAGCAGAUGAACCUGGACGAGCUCAAGGAGAAGAAGUGCUUCCCGGCGACCGGCAGCGGCGGCUCCGACGGCACCAGCGGCACCGUGGCCGCCGCCUAGCAUCGACCGAUCGAGCUAAAACAACAGAAAAUCGUUGGCGCCCUCUACCAGGGAACCAAACCCGUUAAUUAGUUUCUGUCAGCAUAUGUGCAUGAUAUAUAUCCUAUGUCGUGUUAUUGUGUAUAUUGCUGGCUCAGGUUGUGAGCCAGGAUUAAUGGAAGGGGAUGUAGAGAUUGGAAUUGGGGCUAGGUGAAAAGCUUGCAGGUGGCUUCGGCGCACCUGUUCUCAGGUGUGCCGAGCACAAGGGGGGAUAUUUUGUAUCCUGGUGCAGAAUUAGGUCAUGAGAUUUGGAGCUAGUACUGUUAAUUUUUUCCAAAAUGAAUCAAGAACUUGAGCUCUCCAAGUUGUCUGAAA